AUGGCAGAUGUUGACACCAUACUGAAGUCAAGAGCAAAUAAAAUUGUUGACCUUGACUUCAAUUUCAAAGACCCGCGGUUUUGUGCAUCCAUUGCCAAUGAAAUCUACGAAAAUUUGCGUGUAUCUGAGAAAAUUAAAAGGCCAUCUAUAGACUUCAUGGAGAAGAUACAGACAGACAUCAAUGCCGGCAUGCGGGCAAUGUUUAUUGAUUGGCUUGUGAAGGUUGCUGAAGAGUACAGACUUCUACCUGAUACACUAUUCUUGGCAGUUAACUACCUUGAUCGCUAUCUCUCAGGAAAAGCAAUGAACAGACAGCGGUUACAACUACUUGGUGUUUCCUGCAUGAUGAUUGCCGCAACCUACCAGAAGGAGAAAAAGGAAGCCUUCAGCCGGAUAACAGAACUGAUACCGUUCCAAAAAAAACCUUCACAGUACACUUCAAAACCACACUUUCAAUCAUAA